UGGUGGAGGCUGAGUUUGGUGUAAGAGCAGCGCAGAGGGGCAGCUCAGACCGCACGCUACAACUCUCACGCCGGCUCUCCGUGAUCCCGCGACUACUACAACUACAUCACCAUCAUCAUCACGUACACAAUCCAACAACAACAUCGUCAUCAUGCCUGCCAACGACAGUCAAGACGUGUCCGUGCAGCAUGCUGCCCAGCACGGGAAGACGCUCGGUCUUGGCAAUGAACUGUCUGACAUGCUGAAGGUUGGGACCAAAGAUUCCCACACAUUGGCCGAGAACACCCACUUCGUCAAGGAGUUCUUGCAGGGCCGGAUCCGCCGGGACCUCUUCGAGCACAUGACGGUGGCGCUGUACCACGUGUACACGGCGCUGGAGGAGGAGAUGGAGAGGAACAAGGGCCACGCCGCGUUCGCUCCGCUCCACUUUCCGCUCGAGCUCAGCCGCAAGGCCGCGCUCGAGAAGGACCUGCACUUCUUCUACGGCCCGCAGUGGCAGAAGAAGGCUGCCCGCUCCGACGCCGUCGACAGGUACGUGGAGCGCAUCCGGUGGAUCGGGGAGCACGAGCCGGAGCUGCUGGUGGCCCACGCCUACACGCGCUACAUGGGCGACCUCUCGGGUGGCCAGGUCCUCAAGAAGGUGGCGCAGCGUGCCCUGCACCUGCCCGCCAGCGGCGAGGGCCUCGAGUUCUACACCUUCGACAACGUCACCAACGCCGGCAAGUUCAAGCAGCUGUACCGCUCGCGCAUGAACAGCCUGGAGCUGGACGCCAAGACCAUGGGGCGUGUCGUGGAGGAGGCCAACAAUGCUUUCCGGAUGAACAUGGAGGUGUUUAAAGAGCUCGAUGCCAUCAGAGAGCUAACGCCAGAUGAGAAGAAGAGUGACUCCUCCAAUGCAGCUCCACCACUUCUGAAUGGCAUGUGCUCCUUCCACAAGGAGGCCACCCAGUCCCCCGGCGGGUCACUGAUGUCUCGCGGGAACGUGGUGGCUGCGAUCGCGUGCGCUGUCGCGGUCGCCGUCGUGUGCAUCCAGUUUCUGAUGUGAGACCCGCACGACGCUCGCAAUGAGGAUGGCUGCCUGGUGGUACGGGGGGAGGGGCGGGGGGAGGGAUGGGGACUGAAUCGACGGCGCAGGGAAACACGGUCAUGAAAAUGGAUAGCAAGCAAUUUGGAAGAUCGUUUAAGGCCGCUUUGUCAGUACCACUGCCGGACAAAGGCUUUCCCGAGCUGUGUAGGCCAUGGGGGGAUGUUUGACCAUACUUCACCGCAUUGAUGAGUGUGGGUUGAGUGAGCGAAGAAUUGCCGGGGAGGCGUGAGGUGAGGUGGGGAGGGGCGGCAAAAACGGUUCAGAUAUUACUUGCAUCACUCACAACCGAUGUAAGCCGUGGCCUGGAAUCAAACUCAGGUACCGGGGGUUGAUAUCACUGAUAAGAGUUAUGGUUUCCCAUCGUAAAACUUGAGAAAUAAAAUCAGCAUGUUAACUUUUAAGUAUUUACUAUGUCCACAAAUAGCAUUGUGCAAUAUUAUGCCACAUUUUGUAAUGGCAAUUAAUCCGUACAUUUCAGAAGAGGUGUGGAAAACACCUGUGGAUUCUGUGUUUCUUCUUUAGACUCCGUGACGGAGACUUUUAUAGGAUUUUAAGCAUCUUUGAAAAAUAAGUACUAAUUUUAAGGAAUUUUUUAAUGACAUCACGUUACUUUAUGUGCUAAAUAUUAAAUACUGACCAACCUUUCUUAAUACCUCAAUCAUCCUAUUUUUGAUCUCAGAAUACAAGCAGUCGAAUUUUUGGUGAAAAUUGCUGAAAAUUGCCCUACAUA